AUGAGCAACAAACAAAAUUUUUGCGCAGCCAUUAUUGUGGCUAUUUUCCUUUGUUUGCAGUUGUCUCACGGCUCUUCAAGUGACAACUUUGGGAAUACUCCUGCUAUUAAAAUAAUAGGAAACAAGUUCUUUAACUCUCACAGUGGGGAGCAAUUCUUCAUUAAAGGCAUAGCUUACCAAUUGCAGAGAAAUGAGGAAGAACUUAGUAAUGCAAAUGGGGCUUUUGAGACAAGUUAUAUUGAUGCUUUAGCGGACCCUGAAAUAUGCUUGAGAGACAUUCCAUUUUUGAAAAUGCUAGGAGUGAAUACGUUACGUGUUUACGCUAUUGAUCCCACAAAAUCACAUGAUAAAUGUAUGGAAGCUCUAUCUGCCGAAGGAAUGUAUGUUCUAUUAGAUCUUUCGGAGCCUGAUAUUUCAAUAAAUAGAGAAAAUCCAUCCUGGGAUGUUAACAUUUUCGAAAGAUAUAAAUCUGUAAUUGAUGCUAUGUCAUCUUUUCCAAAUUUACUGGGAUAUUUCGCAGGCAAUGAAGUGACAAAUGACCAUACAAAUACUUUUGCAUCACCUUUCGUGAAGGCAGCAAUCCGAGAUGCUAAGGAGUAUAUAUCGCAUUCUAAAUAUAGAGAAAUUCCUGUCGGUUAUUCAACUAAUGACGAUGCUGAGACAAGAGACAAUUUAGCAAAAUACUUUGUUUGUGGAGAUAUUAAAGCUGAUUUCUAUGGGAUAAAUAUGUACGAAUGGUGCGGAUAUUCCACAUAUGGUACUAGUGGGUACAGAGAAAGAACAAAGGAAUUUGAAGACUAUCCAAUCCCCGUGUUUUUUUCUGAAUUCGGUUGCAAUCUCGUAAGACCAAGGCCUUUCACUGAAGUUAGUGCUCUUUAUGGCAACAAAAUGUCCUCUGUUUGGUCAGGUGGCCUUGCAUACAUGUAUUUUGAAGAAGAAAAUGAAUACGGAGUUGUUAGGAUAAAUGAUAAUGGUGAAGUGGAUGUUCUUCCUGAUUUUAGGAAUUUGAAAAAGGAAUUUGCAAAGGCAGAUCCUAAGGGUACUACAGAAGGAAAGUAUUUAACGGCAAAGGAGUUGAUUGUAUCAAAAAAUAUCAAAUGUCCACAUAUCGCAGCUGGAGUUUGGGAGGCAAACGAAAAACUACCUGAAACGCCUGAUAAGAUUAAGUGCGCCUGCUUGGAUGAGAUUUUGCCCUGCGCAGUAGUUCCUUUUGGCGCUGAAUCUAGAAAAUAUGAAGAAUAUUUUAGCUAUCUAUGCUCUAAAGUUGAUUGUUCCGAUAUUCAGGCAAAUGGAAAAACCGGUGCGUACGGUGAAUUCUCAGAUUGUUCUGUCGAACAAAAACUUGCCCUUCAGCUAAGUAAAUUGUAUUACAAAAUCGGCGCAAACGAUCGGCAUUGUCCUCUAAAUGAUAGAAACGUUUAUUUCAAUUUAGAGAGUCUGCAGCCUCCCCCAAGCGAGUCCAUCUGUAUAAAUGUUCUUGAAUCUAUAAGGAACAUUACAUGCAACAAUGAUCACUGUUCAAAAUCAAAUCCAGCACGUAGCAAGGAAAGUUUUAACGCGAAGUAUCCAUCAAGUGAAGAAAGGAAAAAUGACGCCACCAUCGCAUUUAAAACUUCUGGAUUAGUUAUACUUUUAAUUUCUAUGGUAGCUGCUGGUGUUGCCCUAUAA